GGGGGAAGGAAGACAACAGAACUGGUCCAUCCAACCAGGAAGUCUUCGGGUAGCCUCUUCGGUCUUUUGAGGGCGUGUUUGCCCUGAGCUGCGUCUGCCAGGACACUGUCAGGUACCCUUUUACACGAGCCUCGUGAAGGUGGCGGUAAUGUACCUUGACGCUGGUUGCUGUCCGCAUUUAACCCAAAGAAGAAGAAAGCAUCCGCAGAAGAAGACCUACAAACACACGCUUCCUGUGUUUGUGCGACAUGGCAACAGUACAAGUUUGUGAGGCUGAAAAGGUGUACAUCUUACACGGCAUAAGGGAUGACUUACGGGUGGAUGGAAGAGGCUGUGAGGACUACAGACACAUGGAGAUAGAGACCGAUUUGGUGUCCAACACAGAUGGAUCGGCUAAAGUCUCUCUGGGGCACACAGCAGUUCUUGUUGGGAUUAAGGCUGAGAUUGGAAAACCAAGACCUAUGGUACCAAACGAAGGUUAUUUGGAAUUCUUUGUUGACUGUUCAGCCAAUGCAACCCCUGAGUUUGAGGGCAGAGGAGGUGAAGAGCUGGGGACAGAGCUGAGUAACACCCUCUACAAAGUCUUCAACAACAAACACAGCCUUGAUCUGGGGAGUCUCUGUAUAAGUCCUGGAGAGCACUGCUGGGUGCUUUACGUGGAUGUGCUGCUCCUGCAAUGUGAUGGAAACUUGUAUGAUGCCAUCUCAAUAGCCAUCAAGGCAGCUCUCUUCAACACAAAAAUUCCCAGAGUUCACAUAUCAUCUGAUGACGAAGGAGGAAAGGAGAUCGAGCUGUCCGACGACCCUUAUGACUGCAUGAGACUUAACGUAGAAAACGUUCCCUGUAUUGUGACUUUAUGCAAGGUGGGCCACAGGUACGUAGUGGAUGCAACUCUGCAGGAGAAGGCCUGCUCUGUGGCAAGCCUCAUCAUCUCUGUCACACACGAGGGCACGGUCACCUGCACGAGGAAGGUGGGCGGAGGCAGCCUGGAUCCAGAGAGCAUCUUUGAAAUGACAGAGGCAGGAAAACGAGUCGGGAAAACUCUUCACAGUCCGCUCAUGAAGCUGCUGCAGCAAGAGGAGAGUCUGGGAAGAAAGAGACAGAAAGUUGGCUUCCUGGGUUAAAAUUAAAUGUUUCUAUUGUAUGUAUUUACAUGUACACCUGUUUUUUCAUAAAAAUUUCUAAUUAUUACA